AUGCUUGUGGCAAGGUUCUUCCUCAAGGAAAUUCGGGGUGGUGUGCGUCUGAGCCGAAAGGCAAAAGUCCUGAACUGGUACUACGAUGCGCUAGAAGAACCUGGCUCUCAUAACGUGGUGUUCAGUCGGCAUGCCGCAAAGCUAUUCGCCGAAUCGGAUGUCUUGAGUUUCCAUCAGGAGCAGGGGACUAAGAUGUUUAGUACACCGGAGCGACGGCUCUAUUUGCCUGCGUCGAGUCCGUACGAUUACGGUCGGGCUAUCUUCAUGGGUCCCAGUCAUUUAUGA